AUGGCUCCGAUCAGAAGCAAGAAUAAAAAAGAUAAGCUUGCACUGGUAACUCCUCCAUCCAGAGCUCCCCGCAACACAAAAUACCUAAAUGCCGGUCUAUUACAAGGAAAAACACCGAGUGAGGUAGCCUUACUUAUCCGCGAACCCAGAGACCCAUGUGAUGAUUCAUCUGAAUUGUCCUCUUCAUCCUCUCCUGUUAUAUCUGCAACUGGAAGCAUAGAAGAAGAAGUCGCAGAACAUGAAGAAAUUGCUUUAGGAGGUGAAUAUGUUGCUUAUGAUGAUGAUGAUGGUGAUGAUGGUGAUGAUGGUAAUAGUGGUGAUGGUGGGGAUGGUGGUAAUCAUGGAAAUGAGGUGGAGGAGAUUCAGGAGGAUGAUGAUGAAGGUAAUGAUGAUGAUGAUGAUGAUGAUGAGGAUGAGGAUGGAAAUGGUGGUGCUAGCGGUGAUGAAGAGGGGGAUGAGGAUGAUGAUAAUGAUGAAAAUGGUUUGUAUGAUGGCGUUCAAAACUCCGUGAUUGCAUAUGACAAGGAUGCAAUAUCAUGUUUUACUGAGGGGUUUUACGGCGAAGUCGAUGCUUUCCAAUUCCCUUUUGGCGAGAUGGCGUUGAUACCCGAAGACGCAGAACAGAUUAUAGGAUUGCAGGUUGAGGGGAAAUCCAAGGGUGACAAGUUCAAGAAAAACCUAGAUUGGAAAAAAAAUAUAUGA